AUGCGGCGCGCGCGCGCCGGGCCCGUCAUGGCUGCGCCGUACUACUGGAUGUCGCCCCGGCCGCUGCUGCUGUGCUGCGGCGAGUGCCGGCGGGGCGGGGGUGCGCAGGCCGCUACCCGAGCUCUCCUCUUUCCUUUAGUAUCCCGGCACAAACGGCGCGCGCGCACGGGAAAUAGGCGCAGCGCGCUUCGGGCCAUGGCGGUCCUCCUACUGUGGUUGGUUGCAGUGCUGGCGCCGCUUUUGAGAGUGAACGCACAAAAUAUUUUUCAAUGGCAACCACAACCAGAUCGAACCGGGGACGGCUACAGAGUACCCAGUAGCUUUUAUGACAAUAAUAAUAAUGAUUGGAGAUAUUCAAGACCCGACAUCGACAGAAAUGGAAUAUACAACAGUGACAGAUCAUAUGGACUGUCUGGACGUCCUGACCCGCCAUCGACUUGGGACCGUCCGCAAACGCCUGACGCCGCGACAGCCUGGAACCGAGCACAGUCACCCGACUCUGGCGCGUCUUGGGACGGCACGCGAGCGCCCGACUCUGACGCAGCGUGGGACAGACAGCAGCCGCCUGACCUUGCUUCCUCCUGGGAUCGGCGCCAGGGCGCCGAUGUCUCCUCGUGGGAUCGGUCCGGAGCAGCAGUUCCCUCCGCUAAUAAUGUCUUCGGAAGCAACAGUUAUGAUCUCUACGACCCUGUGAGCAAACAGCGCACUACAGCAGAACGUAAUUGUACAGCGCCUGGAUGUUGCACACCAAAGUGUUUAGCAGAAAAAGGCAACAGAGGAGUUCCCGGCAUGCCUGGUCCUCAGGGGCCGAGAGGUCUACAAGGCCACGAGGGUGUUGAAGGUCCUCAAGGCUUAAAAGGGGAAAAGGGACAAAUGGGGCCACAAGGAUUGCGAGGAGCAAAAGGUGAAAAGGGCAAAGAUGGUGAACGAGGAUUUGACGGAUCUCCCGGAGCUCCCGGCCCCCAGGGCGAUUACGGGUGGCCCGGGCAGCCGGGCAGGGAUGGCUGCAACGGUACUGACGGCGAACCUGGGCCAUCAGGCCCUCCGGGCAUACAAGGGCCCCGUGGUAUAGCCGGGCCGAGAGGCGAUAAAGGCGACAAAGGAGAACCUGCUGCUAUUGGUCUUUAUUCAAAAGGUCAAAAAGGUGAACCUGGAGACAAUGGUUUAACAGGAAUAGAAGGUCCAAUGGGCCCUCCUGGCCUCGACGGGCUGAAAGGACCCAAAGGAGACGCGGGGCCAAUGGGUUUACCAGGUGAAAAGGGAGACCGAGGUAUAAGAGGUGCAAAAGGUCAAUCCAUACCAGGUGAAAAGGGGGACAGGGGCGAUAAAGGUCCUAGAGGGGAGGAUUGUCCAAUGACAGAGACAGUAAUAGAUGGUGCACGGAACAUAUCAUACAUAUCUGGGGACCGGGGCGAAACUGGAGAUAGGGGAGAUAAGGGAGCACGCGGAGAAAGAGGUGACGAUGGCUUCCCGGGGGAACCAGGCCGCCCAGGCAUACCGGGCAAAAAGGGAUCCAAAGGUGUCAUAGGAGACCCUGGUGCACGUGGCCGAGAUGGACCUUACGGCAACCCUGGACCUAUGGGAAGGAAAGGAGAUACUGGUAACCUAGGAAUUGCAGGUCUUCCUGGGAGACCUGGCCCUAAAGGUGAACCAGGUCGCGAUGGACUUCCAGGUCCAAGAGGUCUUCGAGGUGUGCCCGGUGCACCCGGAGGCCGCACUGGGUCUCGCGGACCACCUGGUCCACAAGGGCCUAGAGGUUAUCCGGGAGCUCCAGGACCGAGUGGCGACGACGGGAGACCAGGAAAUAGGGGUGAUACAGGACCAAUGGGUCCCACAGGGGGGCCUGGUGAACCAGGGACACUCGGUAUAGAAGGACCACCCGGGCGCAAAGGUGAAAAGGGAGAACAAGGUCAAAUGGGAAUACAAGGUGGCAUAGGGCCUCGAGGAUACGAUGGACCACAAGGUCCUCAAGGGCCUAUGGGACCUAAAGGCGAGGAUGGCAUAUCUAUACCAGGAGCUAAAGGUAACAGUGGAUUACCGGGUUACGCCGGCCAGAAAGGCCAAAAAGGAGACAAAGGCUACCCUGGAAUAAGAGGAGUACCUGGGGAUUCAAAACUGGGUCGGCCAGGAAUGCCGGGGCCGAUUGGAAAUAAAGGAGACAAAGGAGAUCGAGGAUUGCCCGGGGGCGACGGGCGGCCCGGCGCUCCAGGUUAUAAGGGUGAUAUCGGCGGGCGUUGUAACGAGUGUUGGCCGGGACAGCCGGGGCAGCCAGGCGAUAGGGGGACCGACGGUCCGAUCGGGCCGCAGGGCGAUCGCGGGCUGCCGGGCCCGCCCGGUGUGCCCGGCCAGCGCGGUGCUGACGGCACCGACGGCCGACCUGGACCGCAAGGAGCACCGGGAGACCAAGGUUUAAGUGGACCAAUAGGAGCCCCGGGACCUGCUGGAAAAGAUGCAAUUUGUUCAUUUGAACUGGUCAAAGGUGACAAAGGAGAGAAAGGUGAUGUAGGGCCUAUGGGUUACCCUGGUCUCAAAGGCGAACAAGGAUUACCGGGAAUACGAGGAAAUGUCGGAAAUGUUGGAAUGCCUGGGCAAAAAGGCGAAAUAGGCUAUAUGGGAUCACCUGGCGUUGAUGGGAUUCCUGGGACACCUGGCACACCAGGAUCACGGGGAGCCGAUGGUCGCAGCAUUAAAGGACAAAAAGGAAUGGAAGGAGAAAGAGGGUUUAAGGGAGACAAAGGAGAAUUAGGAUUCAAAGGACUAAAAGGCGAACCAGGCUUUUGUCCAGCGAAUUAUCUUUUGAACACAAAGGGUGACAGAGGUGCGCCUGGACCAGUAGGGCCUCAAGGACCACCAGGAGAAAGGGGUCCAAAGGGAGAUAAAGGUGAUGCAGGACUGUCAGGACAAAAGGGUAAUGCUGGUUUCCCAGGAUUACCUGGGCCCGUUGGUCCUAGAGGACUUCCUGGAGAAAGAGGCGAGAAAGGCGAACAGGGACCGAAAGGUUUUACUGGAACUACUGGCACCACCGGCCUACGAGGUUUUCCAGGAAUACCGGGAACGAAAGGAGAUAAAGGAGAACAAGGCCUUGCCAUGGCUGGACCUCCUGGGCCACCUGGUUUGACAGGAGACCCAGGACAACCAGGCUUUAGAGGACCUACUGGUACUCCAGGAAAUGAUGGCCCACCAGGUUUGCCGGGAUUAAGAGGUGAAAAGGGGGAUAUUGGUAUUACAGGACUAAUGGGUCCUCCUGGUAGACAAGGAGAUAAAGGUGAACCAGGUCCAGUAGGUUCAAUGGGAUUACCAGGUAAACCUGGUUUGCCAGGACGAGAUGGUCAAAAGGGUCAUGAUGGGCUUCCAGGAAAAACUGGUAGACCUGGAGUUAUCGGUUUACCUGGGCAAAAGGGAGAUAAAGGAAGACCGGGACCUGAAGGACUAAGAGGUUUUCCAGGUUUGCGUGGAAAAGCUGGACUCCCAGGGAAUCCGGGAUUGAAUGGGGCACCGGGAGAUAAAGGAAAUACAGGAAUGCAGGGCUUCCCAGGCUUAAAUGGAAAUCCUGGCAGGAAAGGACUUCCAGGGGUUGCUGGACAGCCAGGUGAUAAAGGUGAUCAAGGACCUAGUGGUCCUCCAGGAUUACCAGGUAUCCGCGGAUUUGAUGGUGAAAAAGGAGAUAAAGGAGAAAGAGGUUCUAAAGGUGAGCCAGGAUAUGCUGCAGAUAAGGGAGACAAAGGAAAUCCAGGACGUCCGGGUAUGGAUGGAAUGCCCGGAUUUAAUGGCGAAAUAGGAGAAAAGGGAGACAGAGGAGAACAAGGUUUGCCAGGUUUAGGAUAUCGAGGUUUGCCGGGUGCUAAAGGAGAUCGAGGAAUUCCAGGAGCUAAUGGAUUGCCUGGUAUGCCUGGAGACAAAGGAUUCCCUGGAUAUUCAGGGCGGCCGGGAGAAAAGGGCGAUAGAGGAAUUCCUGGAGAUAAUGGGCCACCUGGAUUGCCAGGAAUGGAUGGUGCUCCUGGAGCUAACGGUCUACCAGGUCCUGUUGGAUUGAAAGGAGCCAAAGGUGAGAAGGGUAACGAAGGCAGAGUUGGGCGAGAUGGUCUUCCUGGAUUGAAAGGAGUAGAAGGGCUGAGAGGUUUUGAUGGACCAAAAGGAGAUAUAGGAUAUCCUGGGCAAAAAGGAGAUCAGGGACCUGCUUGUCAGCAGAUCAAAGGAAUUAAAGGCGAUACAGGUCCAGUUGGUUAUCCAGGAGCAAAAGGUCAAAAAGGAGAUUUUGGUCCAAUGGGUCAGCCAGGAAUAGAAGGUGAUAAGGGCGACAAAGGAGAAUUAGGAUUUCCAGGUCCGAUAGGACCUAUGGGUUUACCAGGCGACAAAGGAGAAACUGGUCCAGUCGGUCCACAAGGGACACCGGGAAGAUCCACCGUAUGCGAAAAAGGAAUCCCAGGGCUUCCGGGUAAAAAUGGUCGGCCAGGUAUGCCUGGUGCACCAGGACUGAUAGGUGAUAGAGGUUUACCAGGGCUUCCAGGAGUAGCUGGUGAUCCCGGAACACCCGGAUAUCCCGGCGAACCAGGCGAACGAGGUGAAAAAGGAAAAGAAGGAGUGGCUGGGCCACCAGGACAUAAUGGUCAACCUGGUUUACCCGGUCCACCAGGAAUAAGAGGAGUGCAGGGUGAGAAAGGCGAUCAAGGUCCUCCAGGAUACGGCCUACCAGGUGCGAAAGGAGAAAGAGGUCUACCUGGUAUACCCGGUGAUAGAGGACAAAAGGGCGAUAAAGGAGAAAUUGGAUUCCCGGGUCAACAAGGACCUAUAGGUCUUCCAGGCUUGCAAGGCGAACAAGGAGAAAAGGGAGCCGUCGGUGCUAUGGGCUUCCCUGGUGCACUUGGUCAAAAGGGUGACAAAGGAGAACGUGCUCUUAUAGUUUACGGAGCUAAAGGUGAACCGGGACCUCCAGGACCUCCUGGUUUCGUUGGGCCGCCUGGAAAAGAUUGCAUACCUGGCACUCCAUGCAUAGAUGGCCUUCCAGGUGUCAAAGGAGACAAAGGCGAGCCUGGACAAAUAGGACUACCCGGCCCUCAAGGACCCCCAGGAAGAGAAGGCUUACAAGGUGAUAGAGGAGACACAGGACAGAUUGGUUUACCGGGACUGCAAGGAAUUCCUGGAGCUCCAUGCCUGAAAACAGACUACUUGGCGGGAGAUUUACUUGUACGGCACAGUCAAACCGCUGUAAUUCCAACCUGCGAACCAGGCCACAUAAAACUGUGGGAUGGAUACUCUCUUCUUUAUGUCGAUGGUAAUGAACAGGCACAUAAUCAAGACCUAGGACAAGCGGGUUCUUGUGUCAGAAAAUUCAGCACGAUGCCUUUCUUGUUCUGUGACCUCAAUAAUGUUUGUCAUUAUUCUAGUCGCAAUGAUCGAAGCUAUUGGUUAUCUACCAGUGAAGCUCUACCAAUGAUGCCAGUUGAAAGUAACGACAUAAUGAGGCAUAUUUCAAGAUGUGUAGUAUGCGAAGUUCCAGCUAAUGUCAUAGCUGUACAUAGCCAAACACAGGACUUGCCUGAUUGCCCCGAAGGAUGGUCAGAACUAUGGAUCGGAUACAGCUUUGCAAUGCACACGGGCGCCGGCGGUCAAGGCGGAGGUCAGGCUCUAGCCAGUCCCGGAUCCUGUCUCCAAGACUUCAGAGCAUCACCGUUCAUAGAGUGUAACGGUGAAGGCGGAACUUGUCACCACUUUGCUAACAAGCUCAGCUUCUGGCUCACGACAAUUGAAGACAGCGAACAGUUCGCAGUUCCACGUCGAAGUACCCUGAAAUCAGGAGACAUAACAACGCACAUAUCGCGAUGUGCUGUAUGCAUCAAGAAAACAUAACGCGCAAGCAAAAUUUGUAAGUAUCUCAGAUGUAGCCAAGCUGGGAUAGUGACGCUUUCCCUGUUAAGAACGAUACAAAAUAAAAUCCGUUGUUCCUGAAUAUUUGCCAUAAUAGUCAAAUAAUAAAUACACCAAAGCAAUAAAUCUUACGAUAUUUUAUUUAAAUAUAGGUAUAGGAGUAUCCAUAUAGUAAUUUAAACCUUUCGUUCAUAUGUGAUUUUUGUUUCUUUUUGUAAUUUAAGUUUAAGUACAUAAAAUUUAUCUAAAUGUAUGGUAUUAUUUUAACUACUUAAUAUUAGAUAUUCUCAAAAUUGUGAGUUUGAAAACACUAGUCACAGGCACCGCAGAGUUAUUAAGUUCUUUAAUGUCUUGUUUCCACCUUCCUACUUGUGAGUGUGUAACAUUCUUUAAAUUAAAAUAGAAAUUAUCAAUGUAUUUUGAUCACCUAGCUUGUACCUACAUAUGUAUAGCUCGUAAGAGCUACAGCUUAAUAAGCUGUACAGCUUAAAUGCUUGAUUCGCCAACAGCUAUAAAGCUGUUGGCAAAUUAAGCAUUUCUUUUGAAAUCCACAGCAAUAAUCCGGAAAAGUUUGGGUGGUGAAUUAAUUAUGAAGAAAUAAGCACUGCCAUUGUAGAUACCUAGAUUAAUGUUAUUGACUAGAAAUCAUACUUAUACGAAUAAAUAAAUACGAAAUAAAA